UCCAAUAGUAGGGAAGUUAUCUAACCACCAUUACAUGCUUCACGAUCCUUGGCCAAUUGUUGGAACAGGGAGAAGAUUGCUACAUGUUUGUUUCCAUUCAUUAUGAGGCGCAUAUACGAAAAGUCUACUUUAAAAUCUGUGCACUGCCAACCAUGGAAAACAGAAUCCAUCACUUCACAAUGGAACAAGGGCAUCAUUCCUUAGCAGAUCAAAUUAAUGCUACAGAAUCUCAUAUUCUUCUGGAGGCAGCUGCCAAAUAUUACUUCCAGAUCAGCCAGAAGCAUGGGCAUACGAGGGAAUACUUCUCUAGCCCAGAGGGAGAGGUGAUUAAAGUAGAUGAAACAAGUGUUCGGUACAUACCACUGUAUAGAGAUGACUCUGGGAAAAUGUUGGUUUUAGUAGAUUCCAAGACAGGAGAGUCAGUUGUUGCUGUUUAUUUGAAUGGAACUUGGCGGUCUGUAGAUGACAUCUUGAGAUCAUCUGACCCAUCAAAAGAAGGCCUGAUACAGGUCCAGACAUUUGGGGAAAGAAUUGCUCUGUUUGUACUAAACUGCUUGGUGUGCGGGUUCUCAGAGGCAAAUGGUUCGGGGCAUGAAGCGUACUUCCUUCCACAUGCUUCCAGGGAGCUUGCUAAGAUCUUCUGGUGCCAUGGAGAGGCAGUAGGAUUUUACACCUACAAAAACAAAGGCAACCUGUGUAAUCCCGGCACCGGGCAAUGUUAUCAGCUUCCAGUCCUGGACACGGUAUUUGUCCGUAAGAAUUGGAGGAGACAAGGAGUGGGGGCUAAAAUGCUACAAGAUUACAGCCAGGCAUUUCCAGAAGAAAGUGUUCUAGGUAUCAGCAGCCCAAUAUCCCCUGCCAUGUACACAGUCUGUCACAAAUUCCUAACCUGUAAUCCCAAAGAUCAGGAUCGUUUUUGGGAAGUGGAAGCCCCUGGAUACUGGAGCCAACGUGUUAACAUUUGGUUGAAGAUUCAGCUUGGUGAAGCCCCAGCAAUGCAAAAGUCUUUCACUGAGAGUAAUGGUGAACAAGAUAAGAGAGUCUCCAUUUUGGCAGUAAAACACCCCGGUCUCCCUAAUGAAAAAAAUCCCGGUGAAUCCCCUGGUAACUUGGAUGAGUUUGUUUCCUUGGGGAACUACAGGAAAAGGAAAAGCGUAAAACUGAACGUGGAAGAGAUUUCAACAAAACAUAUGAAAACAACCUAAUUUAAAAUAUAAGGGCUUAUUUAUGAACACAGCACUAUGUGUAAAGUUCAGUUUUCAGGUACAAAUUUUCAUUUUUUGUACCCACAAUGUCCCAUUUCCACCCACAAAUCUAGGAUUAAUGCAGAUGCAUGCUAAGUGGCAUCUAUAACAAUGUCCCAAAUUUGCAGCAGAUCAUUUCUUAAUGGGGAUGGCAUCACUUCUGUGAUCAGCAUCAAUAAUGGCACUAGACAAGAUCAAAUCUGCAAUUGCAAAUGUGCAGCCUGCUAGGGGAAAGCUAGAUUUACCACCAAGUUUAGGCUGGGGGUAAUUGUAGGGUUCUAACAACAUUUGAGUACAUUUUAGCUGGUUGAAGGGGCAUAUUGGCAUAUUGGUCUCGGCACAAAUACCUUUGUGAAUAGUUUCAGUUUUGUGUCCAUUCUAGUGCCUUGUGUUGACGUUCCUCAGUGAGCCCUGCAAUACUUGGUCACUGAGGGCCCAAGGAAAUGUCACUAUUAUGCAGUUACAUAACAUAACAAUUAUGCGGCAACAAUAAGAAAAAGAGAAUAAAAUAAUAGAAUAAUAUGGAGAAGUUCCACCCCAGAAAGUGCAGGAAUCAUGGUCUAUCGGGAGCUUGGUCUGUUCAUUCAGGUGCCUGUUUAAAGGUAGCCAUGCAUACUAAGAUCUUUCCCUGAUAUGCCGACCUUAAGGUUGGCAAUAAUGGAUUGAUCUGAUGGCUCAUGUAUGGCCAUCUUAAGGGCAAGGGCACACAGGCAUUGGCUCAGCUGCUCGCAGCCUGUGGUUUUCAGGCAGUUGGAGAGAAGCCAAUCUGCUCUCUUCCACAGAUCAGUGUAGCUGCACUGACAAGUACAGCUUCCUCCUGUGUGCAGGUACACAUAGUUUAGAUUAACCCAAAAAUGCCUUCUUUUGCUUGGUUUUCAGCCCAACCUCUGCUCCCCUCCGCUACAUGUACCUGCACUCAGGCAGAAGCUAUGCCUGUCAAUGCACAUACACAGAGAUGAAGAUCUGCUUCUCUCCACGUGCCUAAAAACACAGGCUAAGAGCAGCGGAGCCAAUGCUCUGUGUGCCCUAAAGGCACUGCCACAUGGGGCGGAUUCUUGGCCUGGAGAUAAACACAGGCCAACAAUCUGCUCCUACGCUCUAAAAAAUUUUACUGAUGUGUGCAGGCAUACUUGCUGAAAUCUACUCCAGUGGGUGAGCUGGCAGGUGUGGGCCCCUGGGGUACCAGCAUUGGUGGGUCUCGCACUGCCCAGUCUGACCCUGGUACAGGCUCAUAGUAGAGUCAUUGAGGUAAGAAAGAUAACCUAAGGCAGAAUAAUCUUCCAAACAAUGUCACACAGGGAGAUUUGAUUGCAAUCUCUUUGGCCCAUGUACUCACCACGCCUUGAGCAGGGGAGAAAAUACCAGUGGGUACAGAACCUAAGGAUCAUACUGACAUCAAAACAGGUGUUUGUAGCCAAUGUAAAAAAAAAAAAGGUCUGUGCAAUGUUCACUUAUGUUCUGGUGUAAGGCUGAGAAUCAAGCCAUGAAAGGUUCAUAGUGACCUCCAAAAUUCUCUACUUACAAAACUCAAGACUUCAUUAUUUAUACCACUAAGUAUACUGAACAAUACCAAUGCAAUUCAAUUUCUCUGUACUGCAGUUUGGUGCUAUGCCGCCUCAGUACUGUACAGUUGCACUAUAUACUUGUUUACAUAUCAGUUUCAGAUAAAAUGUAACAAACAUUUUUUUAACAUAUAUUAAAUAUUCACUAAUAUAUAAUACAGGUAUGGAACCUAUUAUCUAUAAUGCUUGGGACCAAGGCUAUUACAAUCUCAUAAAAAUGUGAAAAUGCCAACAGGUUUGUUUUACUAUCAAUAUGGAUGAUGUUGCUUGUUUGUACAGGACACUAUGGGGGAAGUGAGUAUAUGUUAAACAGGAGAUUGGCAUUAGUUGUAUGAUUAAAUAUGAGAAGAGAGUAGCUGACUCCCUCUGUCUGUAUAAAGAACUAUACUGUGGAGUAACUGCUAAAUCAUACGUAGCUAUUUAUUGUCCACUGUAAUUAGAAAGCAGAAAUAAGUUGGACCAUAUCACCCAGAAUGUAUGAAAGAUUCAAAAAAGCAUUUCCUGUACUUAAGCAACACACGGGAUAGUUUAAAUGUACCAGCGUUCCUAAAGGCAUUGUCAAAGGUCUCUUACACUUCUCUGUCUACAGGUUUUCUAGAGUUUUCUCUAGGAAAACCGAUUCAGUAGUUUCAGCUUCAAUAAUAUCUUUAUGCAGAUGUGCCUGUCUGCUCCAGAUCUCCCUCCUCAUCUACCCACCCUGCAGCCAAUCCCUUACCAAAUCCUAUGGCUUUCAUAUUUCAACUUAGCUUAGAAACAACCAAAGCACCUCUCCACUGUCACACCUAGUCUACUACAAACUAUUCCUUACAGGCAUUCCACUCCAAAACCCUCAACAAUGAAACCCUUCAAUAUAUAUUAGCUCUGAUCAUAGAAUACACUCCUUUAUGCACCCCAUGCUCUGAUUUUUAUCUUCUCCUGUUAUUAACUCAUCUCAUUUCUGGCUGCAAGAGUUCUCCCAAGCUUCUGCCUGUCUCUGGAACUGCACAACUCCUGCAAAAAAGCUAUCUCUAAUUUGCUUCAAAGUUGGGAAAAUUUGUCCUGACUUUAAAAGGGCAAUUGGACCAAUAAACUGAAUUGUAGGUUUUGUAUUUUCUCAUUAAAAAACCUGAAGGGACCUGUUAUCCAGAAUGCUUGGGACCUGGAGUUUUCUGGAUAAGGGGUAUUUCUGUCAUUUGGAUCUCCAUAUCUUUAGUCUGCUAAAAAAAACAUGUAGAUAUUAAUUAAACACCAAAUUAUUGUUUUUGCCUUCAGUAAAGAUUAAUUACAAGUUACAAGUACAUGGCACUGUUUUAUUAUUACAGAGAAAAAAGGAAACCUUUAAAAAUUUGAAUUAUUUGGUUAAAAUGGAGUCUAUGGGAGAUUGCCUUUCCUGUAAUUUGGAGCUUUCUGGAUAAUGGGUUGCCGGAUAACGGAUCCCAUACCUGUACUAAUAUAUCUGCCAAUAAAACUACUGCAGUCAGAGAAUUGUACAACGUUACAGCUCUGACAAUAACAAAACCUCCUUUGUUGCCUUCGCAUGGAGCCUCUUUUCUCCUAAUCUUUAUUUCUCAACAACCUUAUUGCUGCCUCUUGCACCCCUCUGCUCUUAUGCUGAAAAGUCAGAAAAUAACUAAAUGGAAUGAAAUUUGAAGUUGGUGUCAAAGCAGCAGUUUUUUCAGCCAGAUGUUUUAUUACAUAUAUUUCUUGUUUGCUACUUGAGUCGCUUCUUUUUCUUUAAACAUAUUUGAAAUUCUUGAGUGUUUUUCUGUUAGCGAUAUCAUACCCCCAUUAUUGUUUCAUUCUGUAACCCAUGACUGUUAAUUUAUUGUAAACCCACUGUUUAAUAUAAUUAUGAUCUACACUAUUAUUUAAAGUGCUGCUAUAUUUAAAGUGCUGCUAUAUAAAUAAACAAUGAUUAAAUGUA